GGGGGCGGGGCCGGGCGGCGGGGGAGGCUGUUUAAAGUGGCGCCUGCGGGAUGGCGGAGCCGGCGGACUAUCCCCCGUUCCAGCUGGGGAAGCCCCGCUUCGAGCAGACUUCAUUUUAUGGCAGAUUCAGGCACUUCUUGGACAUCAUCGACCCCCGCACUCUCUUUGUGACUGAGAGCCGCCUGAAGGAAGCAGUGCAGCUCUUGGAGGAUUACAAACAUGGCACUCUGCCCCCAGGAGUCACCAACAAAGAGCUGUGGGGAGCUCAAAAAAUCAAACAGGCCAUCAUCCAUCCCGACACAAACGAGACCAUCUUCAUGCCUUUCCGAAUGUCAGGUUACAUUCCCUUUGGAACACCCAUCGUUGUUGGUCUCCUCUUGCCCAACCAGACGCUGGCAUCCACUGUGUUUUGGCAGUGGUUGAAUCAGAGCCACAACGCCUGCGUCAACUAUGCAAACCGCAACGCGACAAAGCCUUCUCCGACAUCCAAGUUCAUCCAGGGCUACUUGGGAGCUGUCAUAAGUGCUGUCUCAAUAGCAGUGGGCCUUAAUGUUCUGAUUCAGAGAGCAAACAAGUUUACCCCGGCCACUCGUCUCCUGAUCCAGAGGUUUGUGCCGUUCCCUGCUGUCGCCAGUGCCAAUAUCUGCAACGUUGUCCUGAUGAGGCACACGGAGCUGGAAGAAGGAAUUGAUGUGUUGGACAACAACGGGAACAUCGUCGGGUCUUCCAGAAUUGCUGCCAAACACGCACUGCUGGAAACAGCCCUGACCAGAGUGGUCCUGCCCAUGCCUAUACUGGUUCUACCUCCAAUUAUCAUGUCCGUACUGGAAAAAACAUCCCUGCUGAGGUCCCGUCCCCGGAUGAUUCUCCCAGUCCAAAGCCUUGUGUGCCUCGCUGCCUUUGGCCUGGCCCUCCCCUUGGCCAUCAGCCUCUUCCCGCAGAUGUCCGAGAUUGAGACGUCUCGGCUGGAGCCGGAGAUCGCAGUGGCCACCACCAGUAAGACUGUGAUCUACAAUAAAGGAUUGUAAGUGGAAGGGGAUCAUCUCAGCCCAGAAGGUUCGGGGAGAGGGGAAGAAGGGGGAAAAACUUGAGAAGCCGACUGGGAAAAAGAAAACAACAACAACAACAACAACAACAAGACAAAAUAAUCGAGCUCAGCGAUAGUAACGUCGUAGUGCUCCCGGCAAAGCAGGAGCAAAUUAAUGCUUGCAGAGAGCUGACACCCUCACACAGGUCAAAAAAAGAUUAAUAUUAAAAAAGUUUUAACUUAGGCAAGAGGAGCGGCAGCAACCACAACAAAAUCACGUUCAAACACUUUAGAAGUAGCUGAUGAAGAAUCUCAGAAUUAACAGCACUGCACGGAGUCGACGUGACUGGACCCGACUACAUGAGCGUAGACUUCAGCCGGCAAGUUUUGUUUUCCACGUGAAUCAAGUCUCCACACUGAUGCUGCACAAAAAUAACUCCCUAGGGAAUCAGCGGGAAUGUGAAGCGCUCGAUGAGGUGUUUGGGAAGUGUCCUGCAUUGAUCUCCUGCUGAUCCCACCCCAGUGAUCAUGAGUUAAAGAUUUCAUGCCAAGGUCACGGCCUCUGCUCCCUCCAUCCCUCCCUCCUCCUUCUGUGGACAGUCCUGGUGGCAUCCUGCCCUUCAUCCUGUCACUGAAUCCCACCACCAGGCAUUCCACAAGGGCUUUUCCCUGGAUUUCAAGACACUGGAAACACCUACACACUGGGUCUUGUAGCAAAAAUCAUAAUGGAUCUGCUCUUUACCUUUGCACAGCCAGGAAGGAUGGGGAUUGUCCCACCUAACCUCUAAAAUUAAGAUUGUUAAUCUAAGGUAAUUGGCUAAGCCACGCUUUGUUAAGAUAGUUGUCCAAGGACAGAACAUGAUUUAAGUUUUAAUCAGCCCCAACAUGGUCAGGCAGUUGGACUAAAUGAUCAUUAACAGAUCCCUCCCAACUGGAAUUCUCUUCUCUUCUCUUCUCUUCUCUUCUCUUCUCUUCUCUUCUCUUCUCUUCUCUUCUCUUCUCUUCUCUUCUCUUCUCUUCUCUUCUCUUCUCUCUUCUCUUUCUCUUCUCUCUUCUCUUCUCUUCUCUUCUCUUCUCUUCCUCUCUUCUCUUCUCCUCUUCUUCUCUUCUCUUCUCUUCUCUUCUCUCUUCUCUUCUCUUCUCUUCUCUUCUCUCUCUUCUCUUCUCUUCUCUUCCUCUUCUCCUCUCUUCUCUUCUCUUCUCUUCUCUUCUCUUCUCUUCUCUUCUCUUCUCUUCUCUUCUCUUCUCUUCUCUUCUCUUCUCUUUUCUCUUUCUCUUUCUCUUCUCUUCUCUCUAUUCCUCUCUUCUCUUCUCUCUACUCCUCUCUUCUCCUUCUCCUUCUCCUUCUCCUUCUCCUUCUCCUUCUCCUUCUCCUUCUCCUUCUCCUUCUCCUUCUCCUUCUCCUUCUCCUUCUCCUUCUCCUUCCUCUGUCUGUCUGUCCCUUCAAUGGCUCCACUUUGGGAUGAUUAAGAGGGUGUGGGGCAAGUCAUCCCCUCACUGCACCGAGUCCUGCCCUCACAUGGGUUUGGUGUCAUAAUUUGACUUUCUGGUAUCUUCUACCCAAAAGUAAACCCUGAGUGACUCCCUGAGCACCAGAGGGGUUCAUUUUGACCAUGGCCACCAGCAGAAGACCAUACCAGUGGCACGAUCCACCUCCAGAGUUGUGGUAGGGAUGGAGCCGUGGUGGUGAUGGGCAUGGACGAACGGGCAGUUUGUCACCCUUAAAAUGCCAAUUUAUUGGGAGUUUUGGGGAGGGUGGGGGGAGCAGGGGGAACCAAAUCACCACUGACACAGAAUGUACUCGAUGGAUUUAUUGCAAUGCCUGGAAUCGGGAGGCCUGAGCCUGCUGUGUGUCCUCCACCACAGGCUGCUCUCGCUCCCGGCCGGAGUCAGAUCCGUAGGAACUGGAGCCACACACGGUGGGGCCAGCUCAGGAGGACUGAUUCAGGAAAACUGAUUCUGUCCCUGCACUGGUGUAAAUCAGGAAUAAUUGCACAAAACAAAUUGAUGUUGUGGAUUUGCACACCGGCGUGAGGGGAGGAGGGGUCGGGGCCGAGCUCCCCGUAUCUGCUGCUCGUGGGACAGCUCCCGGGCCCUGACGCUGAUGGAAACACAGAGUGGAUCCAGAUCCACUCCUGGAGCUAUUCUGGAUUUACACCAGGGCAAGGCACAGCUGGAUUUGAGCCAGCGAAAUUCCUUUAAUGCACUAGAUGAGAUGAAUGUACACUCCGGAGGACGUGAGGCCGCUCCAUCUUCUCCGGGUGGGAUUGAGAGGCUGCAGGGAGGUGGCAACUCUCCCAUGGACAUUUUCAUGAGCAGCUGUCCUAUGGGCAGCACCGUGCAGGAUCAGGCCCUGGAUUUUGGCCUGGGACUGGAUAACUCCCUGCAGCACUGAAAGAGGGAGCCCUGGGAAGGAGAGCAGGGAUGCCAGCAAUUCCGAAAGACCAGCCUGCUGAUGGGAAUGGCAGUGGCAAGGCUUUGGAGAGCCAACUGGGAUGAGCUGUGCACCUGAAACGGGCCCCUUCCAUUGCUGCAGAGGGUGGGAGGGGGUGAGGACCACUGUGGGAUGCUGGGGGUGCAGGUACCCCCUUGCACACACAUCCAUGUGUGUGGGGAAAAAGCUACUCCGAGCCCAAAACUCCAGCUUACAGCUCUGUGGAGCCCUGGGAAAUGGGAAGCCAAACCUCGUCGUGCUGCACAGAGGCACAACUUGCUGCCUUCCUCCUCCUGAAUGGAAAUGCAAGGCUGAGACAGAAACAGCCUCUUGUGUUGACAGGGAGAAGCCUCCUGGCUCCCGAGUCUGUCUGGGUGGAUCGUUUCCCCUUUCCCGGUGGGUUUUGUCGCUGCCUGAACCAUUCUGCUGCCUGUUCAUCCCAGGCUUUUGUUUUGAGGAGGGGGAAGGAAGGAGACAUGGAGACUGUGCAUUGCCGUGAGGUUUCAGAGAGGUGGAGCAAGGAGGGAGGUGCUGCUUUGGUUUUGCAUCGUGAUCAACAAUCAAAGAUUUCGGUGGCUGUGAGCUCCAGCCACCUGCUGGGUCUGCAGCUGGAGCGAGGAAUUUCCAGAGGGAGAAAGGAAUCAGGGCUUUGCUGUGUGGGUUUCUUUAGGAGACACUCAAGGAAAAGCAUGGACCGAGCAAGUUCUGCCUCGGGAAAGAGCCAGUUCCCAAUUUUCCCCACGAUGGGAAGCGAGUAUGGAUGUUUUCCCUGCACAUGCAUCACCUGUGGGUCGUUAAUUAGCAGGGGAUGCUCAUCAUGUUAAUCCAGCGAUUACCAAUAAGGACUGAAUCAGUUUGUAGGAGAGAUUCAGGAUUUAUUAAGCCAGGCAGCUCCAGUGAAUCAGGAGGGCCUGAUCCUGCCGGAGGGGGUGAGGACCAGCUUGAGGGAUGUCAGAGGAGCUGUGCUGUGAGAUUGUGGCUCGGCUCAAAGGCAGCUGCACCGUCAAACAAGUGCCAAUCAAACGGUCUAAAUGAGUCUGGAUCGAUCGUCUGCCCGUGCAAACCCCGUCAAACUUGUUUCGCUUCAUGUGUCAGGGAGAUGGGUCUCAGUCAACUCGGCAGAGUUUGUGCUGAGAAAUCAUCACAUCCCAGGGCCUGAGUCAGACAUUCCCCAGGAGUUACCUCCGAGAGCCUCUGGCGGGUUGGUGACGGCGUUUGCUCCCAAAUUUUGCUCAAAUGACACUCGAAAUGUUGCAGCCCACCCCCAAGCCCUCAAGCAAUGGGGAGAUGCUCCUGCUGGGAGGUCAGAGAGCCACCACGUCCUGGGGCUCAGCUCGCUUUUCUAAUCUCUGAAAGCACAAAAUAGUGGAAUCAUGGAAUGGUUUGAGCUGGAAGGGACCUUAAAACUCGUUCAGGGCAGGGACACCUUCCCCUAGACCAGGUUGCUCCAAGCCCCAUGUGCAGGUCUUGUAUGGAGAGGUAGCACUUUAAUCAACAGUACUGAUGAGGUUGGAGACCCCAGGCCUUGUCCUCGUGUUCCAUGUGCAUCCCCUUCCUCUGGACUAUCGGGAUGGUGCAGACCCCUCUGUGCUACCCUUCCCCUCGCUGUCCCCAGCUUGGUGACAAGCAGGACGAGGUGCUUGUGUGAGGAGCAUGUUUUGGUGGCCCUGUGUUCCCAAACUCUUGGGCAACCAAGAGUCCUUUGUAAUCCCAGCACAGGGACACCAAGGCUAUGUUGUCCCCAGCUGGGACACUGAACUGACGUGGUUUAGAUAUCCAGGACGUGUCGAGAUGUAAUUUUAUUCAAAAGCAGCAGAAAGGCUCAGCAGACCCAAAUCUGACCCUUGUGGAUCUUGAAAGACCGUUUCACUCACAGGCACCUCAAGUCUGGGCUCCCUCAUGCAGAAAUCCCAGCACUGGAUCAUCCUGGUUCCUGCCAUCACGGUGGGACUGCUGGUCCAAAAUACCACGCUCGACUCUUCCAACGGCACUAGGAGUGAAAACUAUGGAGCUGGGAAAGCAGUAGCACAUUAGUACUGUUUAUUAGGACAGCAAAUUGUGCCAGGAAAGACUACACACAACGGCUAAUGAUAACAUUAUGCACAUUCACUUAGUAGCUAAUUAAUCUCUUCGACUUUUCCUAAUGUACAAAACGGAGCCUUCGGUUUGCGAGAACAACCCCAACCGUUUGCAUCCCUGAUUUCCUGUAAUUGGGGGAGUGGAAGGAACAGGGAGCGCAGAACCCGCCGCACACAUCAAGUUGUUCACCUCGGCAGAUAGUAAUAAUGAGGCGAUCAUCUCCUGUAGUAUUUAAUUAGAAAUGUCGCACUUAAUUGAUUUCUUGGAUAUGUUAAUUAAGAAAUAAUGAGGACCAGGUUGCAGCGAAAGGUGCCAGCGAGAAGUUUGGAGCCUCUCCUGGAAGAUGUGUGUGUGUUGGCUGCUCCCUGAGCCGGCGGGGGGACAACCAGGGGACAGCCCCGGGGUUGUGUCACCCGUGUCCCAAAGCUCGGGCACAGCUCAGCUCCUUCCGUUUUUGCUCGUUGCUCAUUCUCCUGCUCUGCAUCCCGGUGUGUGCCCAGCUCCUGGCAGGAUGGGCAGCAGGGCAACCCCGUGGGCUGCCCGUGCCAGCGCUGGGCAUCACCAGGAUGUGGGAUAACCUGGCAAAUGCUGGAUCCCGCCACCCUGGGAAAAGCAAUGCUGGUAAAUCUCUACCAAUGCCACGUAGCCGAGGGAUGUUGGUGUCCCCUCCUCUUUGGUUGGCUCCUCUUGGAGGGCUGUGAUGGGGAUCCAGAGCCUGGGAUACCCUUUGGAGGAGCGCAGGGGCUCCCCAAGUGCUGUGAUGAACCUUUGGGCCGAGGUUUUUAGGGUACAAAACUCACCUGGGAAGCUGGCCUGGCUCUGAGAGCGUUUCCAGUGCUGGAUGUGGAGGCUUGGAGUGGUCCUGGCACUGGGAGAUGCCCCUGGCUCCGGGUAUCUCCCCGAGUUGCUUUAGGAAACAUCCCCUUUGGGCUUUUCUCCCCUUUUUUAUGGCUUGUUUUGCACCUGGCAUCUCAUCCUCCCCCACCACCCCCCCAUCCGAACGCACCUUAUAACAGCAAAUCCCUCGGGAUGUGGAGAGGGGUCACCUGCCAGCACCGGCACGUCUUCCAGCGGUCCCUCCACAUCCCCCCGAGGGUGUGGGCACCCCUGGGCACCCCCAGGAACACCCAGAGACCCCCCCCAGGCACCCCUAGGAACACCCAGAGACACCCCCCCGGGCCCCCACCGUGCGCUCCAGCUCUUUUUAACCUUCUCGGUAGAGUCACCGACCGCGACACUCGGUGUAACACUCGGAUCUGCCUGGAAUAAAGGAAUUUAAACGGAGCUGGAGUGUGCUCUGUGUGGAGUUCUGAUGGGAAGGGUGAUGUGGAUGUGGGGGUUUAUGGGCUGGUUUUACGGGGAAGAAGCUGCCAGGGGUGGGGAUUUCCCCUGAAGCACGAGGGGAUGUGGGAAGGGGGUUUUCCCAACAGCAGGAAUUAUGUUUGUGUAUGUGUGUAUAAUUAUACAUUAUACAUAUAUGAUCACAAAAUAUGUAUAAUGUUAAAACAUGCAAUACAUGGAUAAUUAUAUGUAUAAUGUAUUUCUAACCCAGUACACAUAAUAAAAUAUGCAAGUAAAUGGA